AUGGUACCACAAAAAAUUCAAGGAUAUGCAUGUGGCAAAAUGAGAGCUUACAUGCCUUCCGACAUCGCCUUUGCUUUUAUAUUUUGUUACGGAUCUGUAGGUCAUUGUUUGGGAGAUGAACGAUAUUAUUCAAUUAUUUCUGCUUACCCACUUCGAGAGCUAGCCACAGAGACGUGUUGUGUUUACAUUAUGGCUAGGGCAGUGGACAUCAGUUGUCCUCCACACUUUGAUACAAAUGGCGACGUUACUAGUCUAGGCACCCGCUGGAAGAGGUGGAGAAAUGGGUUUGACCUGUAUUUAGUAGCUGCAGGUAUUACCGAUAACACCCAGAAGAAAGCUCUUCUGUUACACUGUGCGGGUGAAGAUUUACGUGAACUUUUUGACACGUUACCUGAGCCAGAGGCCGCAGAUGGCCAAAAUGAUUAUGUUAAAGCAUGUACUGCAUUAGAUACAUAUUUUCUUCCGAAGAAAAACAAAAGCUACGAACGUCAUGUAUUUCGUACAUGUGCCCAAAAGGAGUCAGAAUCUAUCUCACAAUAUGUCACACGUUUGCGAACACUGGCGAAAACAUGUGAGUUCAGAGACAUAGAUGACGAGAUAGUUGAUCAAGUUAUUGAAAAAUGUACAUCACGUAAACUCCGAAAACGCCUUUUAAAGGAGAGUGAGUUAACUUUGGUAAAACUAUGCGACAUUGCAACAAUAAUGGAAGCUGCUGAUCACCAAGUGGCACAGUAUACCAAAUCGACCCUUAGUCGCAACCAAGAAGAUGAAGAUUCUGAGCAAGAUGAUGUAAAUUUUAUCUCAAGAAAGAUAAAACGCACCGGUCUAAGAAAAAGUGGAAUUGCUAAAACACCACCUACAAUUCACACAGGACCGUUGCAGAAUAAUCAACCGUACUGUUACCGGUAUGGUAAAAAAGAUCAUCGUGCAGACAAAUGCAUUGUUACAAAGGGAAAGUCUUGUCACAAAUGCGGAAUACAGGGACAUUUUAGCAAUGUAUGUCGAUCAACUAAGGCAACUGUUCGCUAUGUCACUGCUGAUGCCUCCUCCUCGGAUGAUGAUUUUGUGUUAGCCAUCGACAAUGACCCUAACUGUCCCAACCAUAAAAAUUCCAUGUACCCAGUAGAUGUAGAUGGACAACGUGUCAAUGUGCUCAUAGACAGUGGAAGUACCAUCAAUGUAAUCAGCAAAAGCACCCUUAGUGCACUAAAAUUAAAGUCACCUAUCCUUCCAUACCACAAGAAAGUUUUUGCUUUUGGUGCGUCGUCACCGCUCAAAGUUAAUGGCUGCAUAUGGGUUGUCGUUGGUGCUGGAGAGAAAGUCUGUCUACCAGAUUUGUUGUUGUACCACAAUCUUCUGUCACCAUAUUGGGUGUGGAAACUGCUUGCAAAUUGGACCUACUCCGAGUUGGCCCAGGUGGAACCAUGA